AUGAGGCAGGUUGACAUCAGCGAGGUGGAGGUCUGCCCACACGCGAGCAGGGUCCACUGGGGAGCAGCCGCGGAGGCCGGCGGACACUCGCUUCUUCUUAUGGCUGAUCUCUGCGGUGAGCAGGUACUCAGGCCUCCACGAAAGGCGUCUUCGGAUCGCUCAAAGAGCCUCGCACUGGUGUUCCUUUCCUGCCUUGAGAGCAGUGUCGGGGGAGGGCACUUUUGCUCCCGUCCUGUGGGUUGUGAAUUCCUUGGUCCACCUGCGAAUGUAAACCGUCCUCUUCUGAUUGGAGUUCAUCUGUCAGUCCAGGAAAACGCUUUUCCUUCUCAGAGGACCUGGAUUGAUUGGUUGGAAAUAGAAUUUAGUUCCUGUGUUUGUACUGGAUCAGAGAUGAGAAAGCCGUCUCAGAUGGCGCUGGCCAGCCGGCUGUGCUUCAGUGGCGGAGUUCAGCAGGACAGCGAGAGGCAGGAACGUCAGAGCUGCUUGGGCGGCCUCUCUCUUUCCUGGAGUGUUUUAAGGAGGGAGACUGGUCCGCCCAGCUUCCAGAGCUGGCAGCAAUACCACGGGGUGCCGUCAGUGCUCGCUUCUCUGCGGAUUCUCCUGUCAGUGGGAAGAGAAGAGCCAGCGGGUGGGAGGAAGCCUAAGCGGAAAGGAUCUUCCCUGGGUGUCCAACCUUGUAGCAAACACAGCCCCACCUCUCACGCGUGUAUCGCCUCACUCAGCCCUCUUACUUUUCAGGAAGAAAUGAUGGCGUGA